AUGCUCAAGACUGUACGCAUCCAGGCUCUAUGGCGACAGAGCUUGGGUCGACAUGCGCCGAAACAGAAGCAGCUUAGAGUGCUGUCAAGACCCUACUCGACCAAAUCAGCCAAGCCAACAGGCUCAGUUAUCCCCCUCCUAGGUCUCACAGCUGUUAUUUCGAUGGCAGCGCAUGAGAUCUCAAGCAUUCUAGGAGAGGAUUCAGUAAGCUACGAUGACGACGACAUUGAGACACACGGCUUUUCAGACUGGGCUUCCACAAACUCGACGGGACGCGCGGUAGCCAUCGUAUAUCCUAGGUCUACUGAAGACGUGUCCAAGAUUGCAGCUAUUUGUAGCAAGUACGGUGUCCCAAUGGUGGCUUUCGGAGCUGGAUCGUCCAUCGAGGGCAGCUUCUCAUCACCGCACAGUGGCAUAGUCAUAGACUUCACGUACAUGGACAAGGUCGUUGCCACCCAUCCCGAUGACAUGGAUGUGGUCGUGCAGCCUGGAGUCAACUGGGUUGACUUGAACAAAAGCCUAGAAGCCGAGGGCUUGUUUCUCCCGCUCGAUCCCUCCCCGACUGCAACCAUUGGCGGCAUGGUUUCUACUAACUGCAGUGGUACAAAUGCCUUCCGCUAUGGUACCAUGAAAGACUGGGUCCUUAACGUGACUGUCGUCCUUGCUGACGGCAAAGUCAUCAAGACGAGGAGACGGCCUCGUAAGACUUCCGCCGGGUACAACUUGACCUCACUUUUUGUCGGAGCAGAGGGCACACUCGGUAUCGUCACUGAGAUCACACUGAAGUUGGCCGUGGUGCCAAAGGAGACUAGUGUCGCCGUCAUCUCUUUCCCUACUGUUAAGGAUGCAGCGUCUGCUGCGACCAAGGUCAUCCGCUCCGGUCUGCAAUUGGCCGCAUUGGAGCUUAUGGAUGAUGUUCAAAUGCAAGUUGUCAACCGGCAUGGGGGCGAGUCAGUACGGAUGAAGAAUCUGGACGAGUCUCCGACACUCUUCCUUAAGUUCUCGGGCCCUACGCAGGAGGGUGUCCAAGCAGAUAUAUCUCAGCUCCAGAACCUAAUCAAAUCUUGCAACCCGGGAAAGUCCUACUUCGCGAGAAGCAAACAGGAAGAGACAGAUCUCUGGGCAGCAAGGAAGGAAGCGCUUUGGACAAUGACGUCUAUCAAGCCAGAAGGGCAUGCGCUGUGGUCCACUGAUGUGGCUGUUCCCAUUUCUCGCCUAGCAGAGAUCAUCGAGCUAUCUAAGAAAGACGCAGAGAGCUUGGGCGUCUUUGCCAGUAUUAUCGGGCAUGUUGGCGACGGAAACUUUCACGAGGCGAUGAUGUACGAUCCCAAGAAUACAGCCCAGAAGGCUGCGGUGCAGGAUGCGGCGUACAAGAUGGUAGGACGAGCUUUGGAGAUGGACGGCACGGUUUCCGGCGAGCAUGCCAUUGGGAUGGGGAAAAUGAAUUCCCUCGUUGAUGAGUUGGGAGGCGACACGAUCGAGGUAAUGAAGCGUCUGAAACAGGCUUUGGAUCCGAAGUGGAUUUUGAAUCCAGGGAAGGUCUUUGCUCUCCCGGCCGGCUCGACGGCCGUUGCAGCCAAACGAUUAGAGUAG